AUGUUGAUGACUUUCACGACGGCAUUACAAAUCUACCAAACUGCAGUGAGAGAAAAGUUUCCCCAAGGAACCAGCAAUGCAACCGAUAGGGGACGAUACUUGAGCGAAACUAGAGCUGACAACAAUCGCGACAGAAGCAGGAGCCGAAAGGAUGGAGGAGGCAACAAACGUCGCGACGAAGAAGAAAUUACUCUGAGUAAUGGAGAGAAGAUCUGGUACCAUCCUAGCUACCGUUUCUCUCCAACACACCUACGAGCGUUUACCAAUAAACAACGUGAACGCAUGGCGAAGGAAAGAGCCGCAUACUACUACAGAGAAAGUCAAGGAUUGCCAGCGAGAAGAACAACAAGACAGGCCGCACAAACACAACAAGUGGAAACGCAGCUGGCGGAAUUGCGAGCCGAAGUAGCAUCGAUUAGAUCCAACAACGUACCUGCUACGAUUCCAGCCGAAGCAGCCACGCAGAUAUCACAAGUGACUGUGGGAACGACUGGAACUACAGCAAUGGGCGGACGCAACCAACAGGCAAACAACCAACAGGCAAGCGGUAGGACCUGA